UCACUAUCGAAUUUGCAGUGUUAUUGUUAUGGUACAUUUUUGUCUUCAUUUUGCCUUAUGAAUCUGCCACCCUCAUUUAAACACCAAAUUGAAAAUGAAUGCUGGCCAGAAUCAAGUGGUGGUGGUUUGCAGUGUAUGUGUGCCGCAGAUUUUUGUAAUGAGGGAGUGAAUAAGAAAUUACGCUUUCCUGAUGAUAUACCAAUCAAGAAUGCUAAUUUGUUGAAACAGAAUCCAUUUCUGGUCAGUUUUGAAUCGUCAUCGAAUGAAAAUGAGGUUUACGACAAUGCGGCUAUUGUUUUUGGGGCUUCCGAUAAUCUAGCCGAUCUACCUUUAAGUGAAAGAGAAAGAGAAUGGAUGGUGAGCGACAUCGAUAAUCCAGGUACUGUAAUUUUCUAUAAUUAUUACAUUAUAUCAAUGAUGCAACUACUUACUCAUGGAAAACUAGUAUUUGAUGUUUUAUAA